AUGGAUGACACGUGUUCUCCACAACACCGCCCACCAACACCGCCCACCAACGCCGCCCACCAACACCGCCCACCAACGCCGCCCACCAACACCGCCCACCAACACCGCCCACCAACACCGCCCACCAACGCCGCCCACCAACACCGCCCACCAACGCCGCCCACCAACACCGCCCACCAACACCGCCCACCAACGCCACCCACCAACGCCGCCCACCAACACCGCCCACCAACACCGCCCACCUACGCCGCCCACCAACGCCGCCCAACUGCGCCGCCCACCAACGCCGCCCACCAACGCCGCCCACCUGCGCCGGCCACCAACGCCGCCCACCAACGCCGCCCACCUGCGCCGCCCACCGACGCCGCCCACCUGCGCCGGCCACCAACGCCGCCCACCAACGCCGCCCACCUGCGCCGCCCACCAACGCCGCCCACCUGCGCCGCCCACCUGCGCCGCCCACCUGCGCCGCCCACCAACGCCGCCCACCUGCGCAGGCCACCAACGCCGCCCACCUGCGCCGCCCACCAACGCCGCCCACCAACGCCGCCCACCAAUGCCACCCAUCCUCGCCGCCCACCCUGGUGGGUGGUAUUAACACGGGCGGGGGUGAGUGUGGAGAGCCAGGUGUGGGGGGGUGGGACACAGGUGUGGGACUAA